AUGUCUUCUACACCAUACGAGAUGGCCACCAUGAAGGAGAAUUGUAAACAAGUGAAGAAAAGUCCACAUAUUCUUCGGAACCUUCCGUUAACUGAAAGGACAAUCCUCGCAUGCGCAACCGUGAUUUUGCCUGGAUUACCACUUCUGCGAGCAUCCUUCCACGUUGCUCCUUUCGAAGGCCAUAUUCAUAUUAUUCCAUUUCAAAACAAGGCACGAAUUCUUCCUGAUUUGAAAUACGAUUCGGACUCGCACAAUGAAGACCUCGAAACAGGAAUCCUUAGCUGGAAAUUUGUAGCUGAUUGUGAAGGGAAAAUAACCAGAAAUGAAAGCAUAAACGAAAAUGAAUUAGGAGUCGAUUCACGAGCAAGUUUUACGAUCGAAAUCCCGCGAAACUUCACGUUUCAAAUGCUCAGACUGUUACUCAAUGGUGAAAUGCUUGCUUGUGCACCCAUUUUGAAUGUGGAGGAACGUCAAGUGAAGAGAGGCCUACAUUUGCUAUCUCAGGCCCAUUAUUUUGAACCCGUGCGCUCGGCGUCUGACUUCACCAUAGGAAAUCUUCACAUAAGAGAUGAUUGCCUCGACAUAGCCACUGAAACUGUUCAUAGUAAUUUUGAAAAUUUCUACCCAACGAUGAAUAUUUUUGGGAUGGAUAGUGUAGUACUGAAGUCGCUUGUCGCCAAUAACUCAUGUGGACCGCUGCGGCCGCAGUUUCCACGCCCUGCUGCCACUGCUUAUUUUAUGUACCCAGUUGUUGGAAGAUUAGUCUUGGUAGAUAUGGAUGAUCAGAUUCUGCUAACAGGGGAACUACGUCAAUUGCGUGAUUCAUCGGCUAUGCGCGCUACUGUGCAGGCAUCCAGUGACUGGGCGCACGUGGAAAAGUGUCCUCAGUGCCUCACGGCUGAAUCCUGUCACACUGUGGAAGGUGCUGCGUUGAUCGUGGGAAGGGAUGAGCCCAUAGUGACUUUGAAUAGCGUUUUCCCGUGGUUUCAACUUAGCACGAAGCGUUCGAUAAUAGUUGAUCUUCAGUGGACAAAGGUCUGCGCAAAUCUAACUCAGCUUACGUCUGGAGCGUUGUCGGCGCAUGCACUUAUCAAACGUAUUUCGCUCUAUUCAGCACCUGUCGUUGCAUCGAUAGUUGUGCUUGAAUAUCCGGCGAACAACUAUACCGAAGCUUUGGUUAACAAACACCAGAUAUUCUCCGGAGCUACAGCUCAUUCAAGACCGCUCGAUCUGUCCAUAACCAAUAGCGAGCCAUGCAGCGAAGCAAACCUUGGACCUAAUGAAGAAAAGUGGUGGAUCGAUCGGUUGAGGACCAUAUUGGCAAGUGAAGAGAACGAUACGACGGUUAUUAUUGGAUCGAAACAACUAGUCACCGGUGUGGACAGUGUGUUGGGUACCUCUAUACUACUGCUGAAUCAAAAUGAAGUUUCAUGCGGGCAUUUUGAACCACUUACCGAAAAAACCAUUGUUGUGGCCAAGUUUGAUAAAUUAUUACGAGGAUAUAUAAAGAUGGUAGGUUUUACAUGUUAG